UGCAGGAUGGACCUUGGGUAGUAGUGAAUGUUCCAUUUUUUUCUCGGAUAAUAAGCCUUUAUUAUAAACAACAGCAUUAUAUUAAGUGCAGGUUCAAGUAAAGUAUUAAUGUCGUUUUAAGGAACUAAUUAGCGGUGAAGCAAGAUUAACCAGAAGUGAACCCCACGUCCUCCCUCAGGGAAAGUGGAUGCUAGCUGUCCCGCUUUAUGGUAGCAGUCUCUGAAGAAAACUGCUGAAACUGGUCACGAAGAUGGGAAGUGAGCUCCCUAACCCCGAGAAGAUUUCCACUGGUGCCGAUGGAGAAGAUCCCAGUGACAGUGGAGACACUCUGCACUGCCUCCUCUGUGCUAACAUUUUUCAUGCCGUGAUUACGCUAGAGUGUGGCCACAACUUCUGCUUGGAGUGUGUGUGGAGGUUCUGGGACACCGAUGAGGAUCCCCAUUGUCCACUGUGUAUGAGGUUCUCCGUUAAUCCAGUGCUGCGUGAAGCCGUACUUGAAACCCGGGGUUCGAAUCUACUUGUGAACUCUAUGGCUUCGGUUUCGGGACACUCGGACACCUGUUUCGGGGCAAGUCUGGACGAGAGGGACAACCCUCUCACCGGGACUACCGACAUAACAGGGGCAGAAGAACCACUGCUCGGUAACAACAGGCAGGAGGGUGGACAUGCUGAAGUUGUUGUGGAUGCCCCCUCUUCUCAAAUGACAUUGCAUCUGAUGUGCAGAAUUGCUUCAGCUCUGUAUGCUGUGUUCCUCUGGAUUAUAAGAUUUUAUUAUAGUGUUCAAAACACAGUCCUCAGUAUUCUGGAUCCUUACACCCACUUUCUGUGUGAUGUAAAUAUGGAAGAGACAGUCCAGAAAGAGGAGCAAGACACACAGGGUGACCCCAGUUCAGAUAUGGAUGAUUCGGUUAGAGCAGAUGCAAAUAUAGAAGAGACAAUCCAGAAAGAGAAGGAACAAGACACAAUGGGUGAUCCCUGCUCAGAAAAUAAUGACUUGGCUAGAGCAGGUAUGUCUAUUUUAAAAUCAUGUCUGCAUAAUUACACAGAAAUUAGAAUUUAUGUCCCUGGUGGGAAAUUCCCAGAAAAAGUCUAUCAAUAA